AUGCCUUCGGUAAUGGAAAAAUCGGGGAUCCUGUCCAGGAGCCGGUCCAAGUCAGCCACCAACGGCAACCAUCAGAACUCGGAGGAUGACAGCAGUGAAGAGGAACACUCUCAUGACAGCAUGAUCCGUGUGGGAGCAGAUUAUCAAGCCGUGAUCCCAGAGUGCAAACCAGAAAGCCCUGCUCGCUACAGCAACAAGGAACUGAAAGGGAUGCUGGUUUGGUCUCCUAAUCACUGUGUGUCGGAUGCCAAAUUGGACAAAUACAUUGCCAUGGCCAAGGAGAAGCACGGAUACAACAUAGAGCAGGCUUUGGGGAUGCUGUUGUGGCACAAACACGAUGUGGAGAAGUCCCUGGCUGAUCUGGCUAAUUUCACACCUUUCCCUGACGAGUGGACAGUGGAGGACAAAGUCCUGUUUGAACAAGCCUUCAGCUUCCACGGCAAGAGCUUUGCUCGCAUCCAGCAGAUGCUUCCUGACAAGUUGAUUCCCAGCCUGGUGAAGUACUACUACUCCUGGAAGAAAACCCGGAGCAGGACCAGUGUGAUGGACCGGCAGGCCCGCAAACUGCUCAGCAAGAAGGAGAAGGAUGACAGCAAUGACGAGCUGGAGGAAGGGCGGCAGGCCAGUGAGGGUGAAUUUGAUGCCAUGGACCCCAAAAAGGAGCCUAGUUAUCAGAAGCCGCUGAACAGCAAACCGGGGCCUGUGAAGAAGGAGGUCCAAUUGUCGCAGUACCGGCACCACCCGCUUCGCGCCCGCCGGCGGCCCCCCAAGGGCAUGUACCUGAGCCAGGAGGACAUCACUGGCCUGUCCACCAGCCCCGACAUGGCUUCCCUCACACUGCGCCACUUGGACUCCCAGCUGGUGUCCCUCAAACGGCAGGUACAGAGCAUCAAACAGAUCAACAGCAGCAUGAAACAGGUCUUAGAAGGAGGAAUAGACAAGUUGCGGCCGCCUGAGACCAAUGUAAAAUUUAAUUCACGCUGGACGACAGAUGAGCAGCUGCUGGCCGUGCAGGCCAUCCGAAAGUACGGGAAGGACUUCCAGGCUAUCGCAGAGGUGAUCAGUAACAAGACCGUCGCUCAGGUGAAGACUUUCUUCGUCAGCUACCGGCGACGGUUCAACCUGGAGGAGGUGCUGCAGGAAUGGGAAGCAGAGCAGGAGGGAGGGUGUCCGACAGCCCCCCAGGGCAGCUCCCCUGCCCAGGACCCCAAGAGCUCCAGUGCAUCACUAGCCAGCAGUGAGGAAGAGGACGAGGUUCAGAUCACUGCCGUCUCCCGCUCCUCCUCCUCCUCGCAGCAGCAGCAGCAACCUCCGCCGCCGCCCCUUCCACCGCCCCCUCUCCCGGCUUCCCCCCGACCGCCGCCUGCAGCCCUCUCCCAGCCGCCCCCUUUGCUGAGGCCCACACUCCCGACGGCACCCACGCUGCACCGCCAGCCGCCACCCCUGCAGCAAGGCCGCUUCCUGCAGCCCAGACUCUCGCUCAACCAACCGCCACCCCCGCUCAUCCGGCCAGCUACGUCACGACAGGCAGCCCGGGGAGGCCAGCACCCCCCCUCGCUCCUUGGCGGUGGGGCGGGAGAGCCGCCCCCGCCCUCCCCUGCCUCCCUCUGA